GCGAAACCCGAUACCGACUCGGAAUCCUUUAAAUCUCAAUCUCCGAGCACGACUCCCGACCUCCCCAACUCAAACCGACGCCUCCCGUCUCCAUCGAGCAGAAGAUGAAGAAGAACACCAUAUGACGGAGACACGAAGAAGAUCCUAGGGUUUCGAUUCGCCCCCCUUAACUGGAGCGAUCCGAUAGCGCUAGGGCUUCGCGCUGGGCGGACUUGUCCGUCAGAUCUCGCGGUAUCGGUGGGGCGAAUGCUGAUGCACCCGGGGCUCUGUUGAUCUCCACACCGCCGCUCGGAUUGCAGUUGCUUCUGACGGAUCCCAUGGAUAAAAGCAAGAGAUCUGAUCUCCUCGCCGCCGGUCGUAAAAAGCUUCGACAAUUUAGGCAGAAGAAGGAUCAGAAGGGCGGAGGCAAGGAUGGCCAAUCCUCGAGCAAUGGCAUUAAGCUGGAGAAGGAUGUUGAUCCUGGUGAACGAACGAAGAAGAUCUCGGAGCCUGAUCCUGGCACUUUGACUUCGGCUAUUGAUUCUGAUGUAUCGGAGAUGGACUUAUUAGAUCCGUCAUCUGCUGUCCAUCAUGUGGAUUUGCGUGGUGUGGAUUCUGCACAAGUGGUUGACCAAGGAUCUCAGGAUGAAGGGGGAGAUGCUGAACAAGCGCCGAUUGAGCUUCCUGUUGUCGGUGAAGGCUCAUCAUCAGCUUUUGAGAUAGUUCAUGAGGAAGUGAGACCUCCUGGUUUGAAACAACAUGAUGAUGAGAGCUCAGAUGUUGGGAUCUUGGUCAUCGAUGGUGAAACACAUGAGACUGGUGGAAAUGUUCUUUUGGUUGCUCUGGAUACCGAUAGGGAAAAACAAGGAGCCACCAUGGCUGAUCCCGGUUCAGGACUUGAAGCAGCUCAAGAUGUGGUUGGAUUGCCUUAUCUACCAGGUGAAAGAAAUAAGGUUCAAGGAGAUCCUGUCUAUUCAGCUGAGAACUCUGGGAUAAUGGUCUUGGGGAUUGAGAGUGGGAAAGAGGAUCAUGAGAUGGAGAAAAUUGAGUUCCAGACAGAUGUUAUCGCCUCUAAAAAUCUUGAAGUGGAGAGGGCUCCUGAAGCAUAUGGUUUUCCUAUUCUAGCUGAAGAUUCUCAAGAGUUGGGUACCAAUUUUUACCAUGAACAUGAUGAAAUGGCACCUCAAGUGUCAUCAGACAGGAUUAUUUCCCUUGAAGAUAGUUCAGAAAUGUCAUUGCCAUACCAAGACACUUCCAUUAAAAACACUUCAGCAGAGGGACUGACACCUAGACACCAUGUUGUUCCCAACUGGAGCACUUCACCUGGAGAGAAAUCAGAAGUUCCAUACCUAGUUACUAAUGAUAAGGAUAUUUCAGCCAACCAAAAUUUGGAGAUGGCUUCCUCCAACACUGGUACUUCUGAUGAGAGUAUUCAAAUAGAAGAAUACUCUGAAAAUCCUUCUUCAAGCCAGCUUACAUCUGACAACACUGUUUCCCUUAGAGAAAAUGUGGAGAUUCCUUAUUUUCUGGAGACUGACUAUGCCCAAGAAAAGGAAGAAAUUUCAGCUAUGGUUGAUGGAGAAAGCCUAAGAACUACUGUUGAAGAAAAACGCUUACAUCAAACUGCCCUUGAAGAGGUGGUACAGGUUCAGUGCAGGUCAAGUGGGGAGCUUCCAGAAGAAAUUUCUUCGUCACCUCAGGAGAUGGCCGAAGAGCUUAAGGAAGAGGACUAUUAUCCCAUGUCAGGAUCAACAGUCCCAGUUUCCUCAUCAGUGGAAUGCUAUAUGCUAAACAGAGUUGUUCAUGAUGGUGUUGCGGAUGAAUUGGACAAGUUUACAAGGUAUCUUUACUUAACAAGUGUUGCAAGGGAUUUUCUUCAGUUUCAGCUCGAUGAGCAAACUGAGUUGAAUCAUGAGAUCUGCAAGCGUUCUUCUGUAGAACAUUCCAAACUCCAGGGUUUUCUUCAAGAAACUCACAGAAACAACAUAGUUGUCAAUGAGGAGCUUGCACAGUGCAGGUAUGAGCUCGGAGCUAUGCAUGCUGUAAAGGAGGAACUCGAGAUCAGAUUACUUUCUAAGAAUGAAGAACUUGAAUUACUUAAUAACAAUUUUUUGGAGUUGCAGAGCAACCUCAAAGUGUCCCAACAAGAAUUGGUUCAAUUGUCUUCUGAGUUAUCUGCUUGUAGGUGUUCUCUUGAAACAGCACAGAAAGAAAACGUGAACUUAAUUACAAGCCUCACGUUGGAAACAGAUUUAAGGAAGAAAAUUGAAGAGGAAAAGGAGUUUCUAGCCAGUCAGAAUGCAAACCUCGCUUCUGAUUUGUUGGAACAAAAUGAGAGGCUAUGUACUGCCCUUGAUAAACAAAACCAACUUGAGUGCAUUAUAAAAGAAACAGGGUCAUACUUUGAGCAACUUGCAGAGGAUAACCUGUAUCUGUCAAGCAGUUUAUCUCUCCACAUAGCAAAGCUAAAAGAGGUGGAGGCUGAGCAUUUCGGGUCAGCUCUUCUCUUUAAAGAAGCUGAGUUUCAAGAAAAUGAUUAUCAUGCUGAACGAGUAGCUCCUCAUGAUGUAGCUGAAGAUUUGCAAAGUACAAAGGGGACUUCAGGAGUGUCAUGUCAUGGUCAAAGUCCUUUGCUUCGCAAGGUUGAUAAUGAGCAAUCUGAUAGUUUUUCCAUCUUGGGUGUUCUGAAGGGGCAUGUACAGCAUGCCAAAGAUAUACUGCAGAAUCUUGAAAACUCAAUUGAAGGGCUGCACUUGUAUUCAGUGUUGUCGAGCAGGUCAGAUGGGAGAGCUGGAGCAUCUGGAGUAUCAAAACUUAUAAAGGCCUUUGAAUCAAAAGAAAAUACUGAAAUUGCAUCAGAGGAAGUGCAUGUGUCCAGGGGAGGGCUGUCAGAUGAUUCAUAUGCACUAACUAAGGAACAAACAUCCAGUCUUAGAGGUACAAUUGAGCAGAUAGAAUUGGAGAUUGGAAAAGCUGAAGUACAUAUGGGUAAGGAAUGGAAUAGAAGAACAAUAUCAAAAUCCUUUCAGAUGGAUUCUCAAUCUCUAAAGCAGAAAAGUGAUAGUAUUCAGGCAAAAAUUGAUGAGCUUGUAGGCAACAUGUCCAAGAACUCAUGCAGAAUAGAAGACUUGCAAAAUCAGUUUGACGAAAUACAGCAAGAUGUUCAUGAUCAGUCAAUGAAAAUUUAUAGCCAAGUGGAGCUGUUGCAAAAUGAAAUGAAUGAAAAUUUUUUUAUCUCAAAUCAAGAAAGGGACUCGAUUAUGGAUGCUAUUCUUGGGGCCAUUGAAAAAUUAAAUAAAUAUACUGCAUCUCAGAUCUCUGAUAACUGUGAUGUUGGCUCACAUGUCAUGGCUUCAGUUGAUGCUGCCACUAAAUCAUUUGUCAACCUGCAUGAGAAACUAGAUGCCGCCAAUUUGAAAUACAACACUCUCCAUGAUUCAUAUAAUGAACAAAACAAACUAUUAAGUACUGUCCUAGAAAGGAAUGAGUUCUCUGCCAGUCAAAUGCAUAAAAUGUAUGUGAGCCUUUGGGAACAUCUGUAUGAAUCACAUAAAAGCAUUGGGACAAUAGAUGCGGGUAUGAAAGCUGAUGAAAUUUUGCAACUUUUACCUGAACGCUAUGAAAUGCUUAUUAUGCAUCUGAGGAAGUUGUUGGACGAGCGGCUUCUCUUCAUAUCUAAAAAUAAUGAGCUAGAGUCAGUGUUGUUGACCAAAAACGAAGAGAUCCAAGAUCUGAACAAGUAUUCUGAUGCUUUGGCAAAAAAGUUGGAGGACCUACAACAUGCCAAAAAUGGACUUGAGGCAAUUUUGAUGAAGAAAGAUGAAGAGUUUGAGGAAUCUAACAAAAAAUGUCUUGAUUUGGCUAGUAAGUUGGAUUGUUGUGGAUCAAAAUUUGAUCUUUGCGCUCCCAAGUUGGCUGAAAGUGCCAAAGUCACUCAGAUGUCUGACAGUAUGAACAAUGACUCAUUUAGUUCCUUAAUGCAGCUAGAGGCAUUAGUUGGAUCUCAUAUUCAGGAACAUGAAGGGACAAUUGAACAACUUAAAUUGUCAAAGAAAUGUUUAUUAGAAGUUAAUAUAUUUCCUGAAAUUUCAUAUGAUAAUUUGUCAUUACCUUUGCCGAUGUUGCUUAAGGUUGACUUUAUACCUAGAGUGAUGGAACUGCAGGCUCAGUUGGACUCAUUGUGUGUGUCAGACAUUAAACAUGAAAUUGACCUUCAAUUUUUCAAGGAGUAUAUAGGUACGAUGAAGGAAGCUCUUGAAGCAUCUCGCUCAGAAUUACAUUUGAAAGCACGUGAGUUAGAGCAAUCAGAGCAGAGGCUUUCUUCUGUCAGAGAGAAGCUUAGUAUUGCUGUUGCAAAAGGUAAAGGAUUAAUUGUCCAGAGAGAUAGUCUCAAGCAUUCUCUAGCGGAAAAGUCAAGCGAGCUUGAAAAGUGUCUUCAUGAAUUGCAGUCCAAAGAAGCAAUGCUUCAAGAAGCUGAGGCCAAGCUCAAGUCUUAUUCAGAAGUGGACCGAAUAGAAGCUCUAGAAUCUGAGCUUUCUUAUAUUCGGAAUUCUGCAACUGCUUUGCGAGAUUCUUUUCUUCUUAAGGACUCUGUUCUUCAGAGGAUUGAAGAAGUCUUGGAAGAUUUGGAUCUUCCUGAAUAUUUCCAUUCUAAAGAUGUAGUAGAGAAAAUUGAAUUGCUGUCCAAAAUGGUUGCUGGAAAUUCUUCUUUUACAAUGAAUGAUUGGGAUAAAAAAAGUUCUAUUGGGGGAUCACAUUCUGAUGCAGGUUUUGUGGUCAUGGAUUCUUGGAGGGAUGAUUCUCAGGCAAUUUCAAAUCUGGAAUUUGAUGAGUUGAAAAGCAAAUAUGAGCAGCUUGAAAGAAAGUUUUAUGGUUUGGCUGAGCACAAUGAUAUGCUAGAACAGUCCUUAGUUGAGAGAAAUAGCCUUGUCCAGAAAUGGGAAGAGAUGCUGGAUAAAAUUGAUGUGCCCCCACAAUUGAGUAUAUUGGAGCCAGAAGAUAAGAUUGAGUGGUUAGGAAAAACACUUUCUGAGACCCAGGAUGAAAGAGAUGCAUUGCAAAUGAAAAUCAAGAACCUUGAGGCUUCUUCUGAUAUGCUUGUUGUGGACUUAGAAGAGUCAUACAAGAAGUUAUCUGAAGUCAGUGCAGAGGUUGUAGCUAUUAAAUCUGAAAAAGAUUUUCUUUCUGAGAGUUUGAAUAAACUAAAUUUCGAAUAUCUUGGACUUUCCGAGAAAGUUGUACAACAUGAUAUUGACAGAGAUAAUUUUCAACGAGAAAUAGAUUUCCUGCAGAAAAAGUUGGCUGAGAAGAUUCAAGGGUGUGAUAUGGAGAAAGAGAUUUGGGGACUGAUCAAUCUGGUUCGUAAUGCAUUUUAUGAAUCUGAUAUGUCUGUAGCUCUCUCUGAUGGUAAUGCAAUCAAGCACUUGGAAGAAUUAGUGAGUAAGCUUGUAGAUGAAUAUACAAACCUCACAUCAGAGAAAGUUUUGCCCAAAGAUGCUGAGGAGCUUGCUUCUAAUAAAAGCACUUUGGCCAUUGGUGACAGUGUAACAGGAGAUGUUCUACAUGAUAAAGAGCAGGAAUUAAUCAAUAUGAGAGUAGAACUUGAUAAGGCUAGUUCUCAUGUGGAUUUGGUGAAAAAUGAAAGGGAUGAAGCCAUUGAUAGGUACCAUUCUUUGAUGUUGGAAAUAGAGGCACUAAGUAGACAACAGAAAUUAUUGCAGGAAGAGAUGACUGCUGAGAUGGAAAAGAACAAGUCCUUAUUAUUGCAGUUAGAUAUGAUGCACAAAGAAAAGAAUGCUUUGCAGGAGCAGCUUACUCAGGAGGAGGAGAAGUCUUCUUCCACUAGAGAGAAGCUAAACAUCGCUGUUAGAAAAGGGAAGGGACUAGUGCAGCAGAGAGAUGGCCUGAAACAAGAAAUCGAGGAGAUGAAUACUAUGAUAGCACAUUUAAAAUCUGAGAAUAAUCAGCGAGUAGAAGCAUUUGAAUCUGAGAAAAAAAUAUUAGUGAAUCAAUUGGCAGAGGCUGAACAGAACUUGAAAAUUAGUAACCAGACACUCAGUAGAUUGUUAAGGGCUUUAGAUGGUAUAGAUGUUGGCACUGAAAUUAAUAACACUGAUCCUCUUCAGAAGUUGGAAGAAAUAAGGAAAAUAAAUAUCAAGUUGCAUUCAUCCUUAGUUUCCGCAGAACAAGAAGCAAAGAAAUCUAAACGAGCAGCUGAACUGCUUCUAGCUGAGUUGAAUGAAGUCCAAGAGAGGGCUGAUAUCCUUCAGGAGGAACUUGGGAGGGCAGAAGCUGCACUUUUACAGGCCUCUAGACAGAAAGAUGAUGCUGAAUCUGCAAGAGCUGUUGCGCUCCGUCAUCUUGAGGAAAAUGAUUUGCUGCAUUCUGAGGAAAGGAAGCAGCAAAUUGACAAUCUGGUUGAGUUAAAUUCUGGCAUUGGUCAGAUAAAGAAAGUCUGCUUUGAAUUUUCUGAUCUUCUUAUUAAUACUUUUACAAGGCAUGCUGACCUCUUAAGCUAUAUCGGGACCUUUGUGGAAUCUAUUGAGAAACAAUUAAACUGCGAAAUCGUGACUGAUCUUCCAUCUGAUUGUCCGUUUCAUGAGGAAAAUUUAAAUUCCCAUCAUCCUGUUUCAGAACUUCAGUUGUAUGAGCUGUCUGAGGAACAGUCGGUAGCUGAAAAUAUUGGUUUUUCCAUUCAAUAUGUGCUUGAAUGUGUAAGCGAGUGUAAUGACUUGAAGAGAAAAAUUCACAAACACUUCUUUUCAUUUGACCAACAAGCAAGUCAUCUGUUGAAAAUCAUGGAGGCUGUUGAAAGGAAGUUCUCUUCACAAAAGGAGGAAUCUGAUUCUUUAGAAAGGGCCAUUGCUGAACUUGAGUUGUCAAUUAGGGGCAAAGAGAAUGAAAUUUGUGUGAUAAAUAAAAAUUUAUCCUUACUCUACCAAGCAUGUAGCGAUUUGAUCACUGAUAUUGAGAAUGGAAAUUCCCAAAUAGCUGAGAAUAAUCUAGCCCUUAUAGGGCAAUCUGUGACAAGAUCUAGGCAAUCACCAAGUGAAAUUGGCAGACAAGAUAUAGGAAAUCACCAAAUUCUCACAGAUGACUGUAUCAGAUCAUUGGUUGACAAGUUAUUCUUGAUUGUUAAGGGCACUAGAAAUGAUGAAACAACAGAACUGAAAGCUAUGAUCUCGGAAUUACAAAGAGAACUUGGGGAAAGGGAUGUUCAUACAAGUAGAAUUGCUGAAGAGCUUGUAUCUCAGAUAAGGAAUGCUGAAGCAGUUGCAAAGAGAUCCUUGACAGAACUUGAUUCUGCAAAAACUACAAUUUGUAGUUUAGAGAAGCAGGUUGAAUCAAUGGAGAAUGAUAACAGAUUAUUAGAGUCAAGAGUAGCUGAGCUAAAAGAUUUGGAGGCUUCAAUAAAUGGACUACAUGAAAGGAUUCAUUCCUUAAAUGAUUCUUUAACUGUGAAAGAUCAAGAAAUUGAAGCACUCAUGGAAGCACUUGAUGAAGAAGAGGCACAAGUGGAAGACCUGGAAAACAGGAACAAGGAGCUCAAAAACAUGGUAGAAGAAAAGAGUCUUACCUUGGAGAAUCUUGAAGCUUCUCAUGAGAAGACUCUAGCAAAGCUCUCAACAACUGUCACCAAGUUUGAUGAGUUGUAUAAUUUGUCAGAAAGCCUUGUCGCUGAGGUGGAAAACCUUCAGUCACAAUUGCAAAGUCAAGAAUCAGAGGUUUCAUUCUUGCGUCAGGAGGUAACUAGGUGUACCAAUGAACUUCUGGCAUCACAAGAGAUUAACAAAAAGCAUUCAUCUGAAGUUCAUGAGUUGCUAAAGUGGUUUGAUAUGACGAUUUCUCGUUUCGGACCGUCCAAUCUUCACAUGAAUGGUGAAGACAGCCAGAUUAGGUUGUACACUGAUAUAUUGGACAAGUCAAUAGCAUCUUUUAUGGCUGAAUUAGAUGAUUUGCGCAUGAAAGUUAGUCAACAAACCUGUAGGACCUUGCCAGGGCCUUCAGAAGUUGAACAGAUGAAAAAUGAAUCAGCAUCAGCGGGUAUUGUUACACAUAUGCGCAGCGGACGCAAAUUUAAUACCGACCAAAUCGCUAUCGCCAUAGACACAGAAAAAGAUGACCAUGUUAUAGACGAUGAGGAUGAUGAUAAAGCUCAUGGCUUCAAAUCACUGACGAUGUCACGCAUCAUCCCGAGAGUUUCAAGGCCUAUAACUGACAAGAUUGAUGGGAUGUGGGUAUCAGGGGAGCGGCUGCUAAUGAGACAGCCUACAUUACGCCUUGGGGUAUUAAUGUAUUGGGUUGCAUUGCACGCAUUACUUGCUAGUCUCAUUUGAUGUAAAUCUCACAUGAUAGGGAGGAAAGGGUGCAAGAAGAGAAAAGGAAAGAUAACAAAACAGUCCACCUCUUAAGGAACUAAAGAUGCUACCAGAGAGAAUGAAGAGUAUGAUUCAUAGAUGAUUCCAGAUCUUUUCUUUCUUUAAUUAUUAGGCAUUACCCUAAGCUUCACAUGCAUGGUGGUUAGAGAAUCACUAAAAUCACAUUUGGGCUUAUUGUUUUCUUAUUUGUUGGAUCUUAUGGAUGAUAUUUAAUCAUUAACUAUAAUUUUGUUUACUUUUUAUGGGAUCUUUUGUAUUUUUAUAUUCGGAUUUCAUUUGUUUUAUUUGAAAAGAUAUCUUAGAAUACACGAAUAACAGUCUUUUACAACAUAUUUUUACUUCCUCAUGUUUUAUUUUUAUUUUUCAUUUUUAAUGAUAUUUUAAAAGUUCUGUUUUUUAAUUAUUCUCCAUCACUCUGGUCUUGUUGAUAUGAUUUGAUCAAUGUUUUCAUCCUAAUUGAAUUAUCCCUAGACAAUCUUGAUGUCUAACUAUGCUCAAAAUGACUUAGCGUAGACAAAUGAAGGAAAUAGAACACUUGUAAGUUUAUUGCUCAUCUCUUGUAGUAACCAUAUAAUCACGAAGAUAACCAUAAAUAUGUGGAUGUUUGGGAAAGUUAAUUCAUGGAAUAUUUUUGUGGUAGUGAUAAGUUAGGGAGUGAGAAUUGUGUUAUAUGUUUAUGCAAUAUGUUGUGAUAGAUAGUCAUUAGAUAAUUUUGUCUAUUAUAUCUGUCACGUGAUUCUCCAAUUGUCCAUGUCAGAAGAUAAUAGUGGGUUGAAAUGUGCCUAUGGUUAGUAACAUGGAUUUUAGCAAUUUUGAGCAAUGGUUUUGGUUGAUCUGUCUGUAGAUCAUGACCUAGCAGCUGAUCAAUCGUGAUAACUAUUUUUUUUAUCGUGAUAACUAAGAUCAACAUAUGCAGAUUGACACAUACCUAUAUGGUCAAGAUAUAUUAAUCUGAAUGUGGCCUAGAAUCAAUUUUUCUAUGCAACAUGUGGGACAUGCAUGAUACCACAAUAUCAUCUUCAUUCAUGUACCAAUUUGAUUGUAGCCUAGAAUCAUUUUUACAUAAAAUGUGCCAAUGUGGGACAUGCAUCAUACCACAAUUACAGCUUCAUGACAUUGCUUUAGCAUCUUGAUGUAGCCUUAGUUUGAUAUUGAUUGUUAUGACUCAUCCUGACAACCUACUAGCCAACCUAAUAACUUGUACGGUAUGACGAUGUUAUUGGGGCAUCAACAACCUGACUGUUGAUACCUGAG